AGAAGAAGUUAAAUAUUAGCCACAUUUUGGCGGUCCUCGUCCUAGGUCAACUGUUCUUCCACCUGUUAUGUUGGGAGGGCGGGAUAUUUCGGGAUCACAAAAUACGCCAAUUUCUGCAGCCGACCCACUUUUUCCCUGAGUUACGAAGUUGGCUUUGGUUGCAGUCUAUAUACGAGGGUACGCCUAGAGGUCUUCAGGGGGAUAACACAGCACCGCAGCUGCACAAUCUGCAAAAAGGGACGUUGCAACUUGUAAGCAAGAGGACAUUGCCAAAUCAACAUGGAGGCCGCUGAGAUGAGUGAAAAACCGCUAGUUCCGGAGAGUGCCACAGGAGAGGAAGACGUCAAGGAGAAGUUUGAGACAGAGGAGAAUGCUGAGGUCAGUCCGGAGGAGAAAAUGAGGGGAGAGAUAGAAGCACUCUUGGAGAAAACAACCGGAAACAUAGAGAAACUCGAAGAGGAGAAACAAAAGAGAGGCAUCAAGGAAGAAGGGAGUGAAGGGGAGAAGAAACCGUUGAUGAGUGAAGAGGGGGAGAAGGGCGCCGAGGAGGAGACAUGGGCGACUCUGAAGGAGAAGGAAACCGAGGAGCCUCCGACGUCUCCCGAAGUACUUCCCGAAAACAUGACGAUGGAAAUUUCGGAACUCCACGAUCCCGACGGCUCACCAGUGGAGAAGGAAAGUCCCUCUUUCUUAUGGCAGUCGGAAGAUCAGCUGUGGGAGGAGGUUCCCCCUGUGGAAGGAACUGAGGACAAGGACAAAGAAAAACCUGGAGACAAGAAGAAAGAUAAGAAAAAGACGAAGGAGGAGAAAGAGAAAGAAAAGGAGAAGAAGAAAAAGGAGAAGGAAGAGAAGAUGAAAGAAAAGAAGGAAAAAGAUGAGAAGGCAAAGCAAGAAAAGAAGGAGAGAGAUGAAAAGAAAGCUAAGAAAGAAAAGAAGGAGAAAGAUGAAAAAGCCAAGAAAGAAAAGAAAGAAAAGGACGAGAAGACUGCUAAAGAAAAGAAGGAAAAAGACGACAAGGCCGCAAAAGAGAAGAAGGAACGGGAUGAAAAGAUUGCUAUAGAAAAGAAACAAAAAGAUGAACAGGCUGCUAAAGUUAAGAAAGAAAAGGAUGAAAAGGCUGCCAAGGAAAAGAAAGAAAAGGACGAGAAGGCCGCGAAAGCUAAGAAGGAAAAAGAAGAGAAGCUGAAGCAAGAGAAAGAGGAGGAAGAAGCUGAGAAGCAGGAACAGGCAGAAGUGAAGACAAAACCAGAGGAUGAGGAGAAAGAAAAGUUGGUGCCAGAAGAAAAGGAAGUUGCCACGGAUCCAGAUGCGAUUGAAAUUCUCGCAGAGGAAGGUUUGAUAUCGCCUGAGAGGAGAAAGCCUGACGGAAUUUGGGAGGAGAAUAAGAAGAUCAUCAUCCUCGGUAUCGUGGCGUUCGUGUUGGUGGUCAUCAUAGUCAUCGCAGUGGUGGUGCCACUCACAACGAGAACAGCUUACAGGAUGGAGCCGUACCUGAACUUCAGCAUCAGCACCACAUGGAACAGCACGCCGAUCGCACAACCCCUCAACUUCUCCCUGGAGGCAGGGGAGAGGCCUGGGACCACCCCCACUGACCCACCCAUACCCGGACUCACGGUUAACAUGGAUCUACCGUUCUUCGGAGUGGACCCAGCGCCAGCCGGACCUGCGGGACAACCUACUGACCAACUGUGGGACUAUGAAGUGUUCGAGAUUUUCUUUCUUGGACCAGAAGACCGGUACCUAGAAGUGGAAUUUGGGCCAUAUGGACAUCAUCUGGUCCUCCGUUUGCAGGGAUACAGGAAUUUGGUGGAGGAAAAACUCCCCUUGCAAUACACAGCCAGGAGAACAGGCAGCCGCUGGACAGGACAGGCCUUCAUCCCAUGGGACUACAUCCCACCAAACCUGGGCUGGAUGAACGCUUACGGGAUACACAACACGUCUGACAGCGAGCGCCGGUACCUGGCCUUGUAUCCCAUCCCUGCGGACAACACAGCAGCAGCUGGACAGCCAGACUUUCACAGACUUGGAUUCUUCAAACCCCUGAAUGCCAGUGUGCUGUACCCUGCGGGCUGGAAGCAACCACUGCCACAGAGGUGGGGAUCAAACAGAGUACCAGCACCUCUCCAGGAAACACCUGUCCAAGACACACCUGUUCAAGACACACCUGUUCAAGACACACCUGUUCAAGACACACCUGUCCAAGAGACACCUACCCAACUCACACCUGUGGAUGAAACAUGAAUUGGGUUUUUCUAUCAAAUCUCGUUUGACGCCUAAAAAGUUUGCUACUCUUAGAAAUGAUUUUGGAAAUGAAGAGCCAAGACACCAGGGAUAAGAAAGUGUCAAAGGUAAGGUACCCCCUUUGUAAGAGACGUGGUGACAGGUGUGCUAAGAUCACAGUUUCUAUUGUUUUUCUUUGUUUGGCAUUGUUAAGGUCCUAUUGAAAAACUUCAAAAGUUGUCCAAUGGGUCCCUCUCAAUGGAGUGGGCAUUCAGGCUAUGGCUGUCUGAUUCUUAAACAUUUUGUUUUCAGUUUGACAACUUGCAUUGUUUUAUUCUAACACUGGAAAGAAGCUGUCAUACAAAAAUCAUUAUUUCAGUUAAAAGAAAUUAGUAAAAUAUUGCAAGCCAGGCUUUGAGUUCAAAUCAAAUUUCAGGUAACAUGCUUUGAGUUGAAGUGGUUAAAUCAUUUAUGUUAGAUUAUUUUUUCUUUAUCCUCAGCAAAAGUGCAAUCAUGCAGAUUAAUGUUUGACAGAAAUUUGUAAUCCUCCCACACAACAAAAAAUGCUACAUAUUAGAUUAGAAAAGUGGGAUGUUUAAUUCACUGAAUGCCAAUGUAUGUAUGGUUAUUUACUUCUAUCAUGUUCUAUACUUUUUAAAACAAUGAAUUCCAUAGUUUAGCAGUGUUGUGUUAUGCAUGAUUCCAAAAUUCAUUCUGUAUUUGAUAUCAUGAUACAUGUAUGUGUAAUUUAAGGCUGUAGUAUUUUUGCAAUAGUUUUGUUUAAGUAAUAAUAUGAAAUAUUAGCUAUGUAAUGUUUAUAAGAAACCAUUUACUCUGUGAAAAUUCUAUCAUGAUUUUUCAAUCAUAAGUAAAACUUGAUUAUCUAUAUUUGAUUAAUUAUUUCACUGAUUCAGGACAUUACAUGCUGUUUUCAAUAUAGACUUCUCUGGAGCAUACAUGAUGUGUAAUACAGUAAAGUUUUUUUUACUGUAAGGCAUAAAAUGUGAAAAUAUAACUUAAUUCAGUGCAUAGAAAUACUGCAUUAAUGCCAGGGAUUUGCAAAAUGUCACUUAUGAUAAAGUUAUAACAUUAAUGACUUGUAUCAUUUAUUGCCCUAGCAGUCUGCUGCUUUAGAUUUUGUGUAACGUUAGAUGUGGCUUUUUGGAUUAUGUUAUGUGGUAUGUGGAUCCAAUUUCUAGCACACCCUUAAGAUACCAUUGUAAGUAUAUGGAUAUGGAUUCAAUUUCUAGAUCCCAUUAAGUAAGGGGUUUAGAUAUAGGUUGCUUUCCAACAUGUGUGAUGGUUUGAUGCUACUGCUGUUGCUUUUCAAAGUGCACACUUCCUUCAUUGUGAUGCUGAAUAAAAACUUCUGCUUUUUGAAAAA